CAGCCCGCACUGGAUUUAAUCUAGCUAGAAGUAGCCAGGCAGCUCUUUGAAAAACCACUGGGCUCUGAGUUCAUUGCUACAGGAAAAUUGUUCUCUGCUGAGGCACAGAGAAAUCUGCUUCAGAACAACCCUACAGGCUCAAGCGUUUAGUGGGAGAAAACCUGACCCGGAGGAUCAUGGCUACUUACGCCCUGCAAAUCGCUGGACUGGUGCUCGGUGGCGUUGGCAUGGUGGGCACGCUGGCCGUCACCAUCAUGCCUCAGUGGAGAGUGUCUGCCUUCAUUGGGAGCAACAUUGUGGUUUUCGAAAACUUCUGGGAAGGACUGUGGAUGAAUUGCGUGAGGCAAGCCAACAUCAGGAUGCAGUGCAAAGUCUAUGACUCCCUGCUGGCUCUCUCUCCGGACCUGCAGGCAUCCAGGGGGCUGAUGUGUGCCGCUUCCGUGCUGUCCUUCCUGGCUUUCAUGACUGCCGUCCUGGGCAUGAAGUGCACCAGGUGCACCGGGGACGACGAGAAGGCGAAGGGUCAUAUCUUGCUAACGGCUGGAAUCAUCUUCAUUGUCACGGGUCUCCUAGUGCUCAUCCCUGUGAGCUGGGUUGCCAGUUCCAUCAUCAGAGAGUUCUACAACCCGAUAGUGGAGACUGCCCAAAAACACGAGCUUGGAGAGGCUCUCUACAUAGGCUGGACCACGGCGCUGGUGCUGAUUGCUGGAGGGGCACUGUUGUGCUGUGUUUCUUGUGCCAGUGAGAAGAGUGGCAGCUACAGAUACUCCGUACCCUCCCAUCACACAACCCAAAAGAGCUAUCACAUGGACAAGAAGUCACCGAGCGUGUACUCCAGAAGUCAGUAUGUGUAGUAUUGUGUCUAGUUUUUAACUUUACUGAUAAAGCCAUGCCAGUGACUAAAAUGCCCAUGGUUCUCUAAGAAUGGAACCCAAAGGAACAUUGAUUUGCCACUCUUAACUGCCUAACAUUUAUUAUAGUAACUGUGCAUUGGUUAUGUAUGCUUCUAUAAGCUAUUUCAGCAGAAAGAAAUAUUACACACCACGCUUUGAUUGUUCAGGGAAGCAUAGUAUUGUUUUCUAAAAUGAUUCACGCAUCUUUGCCUUUCACCAGUUACUUCAAAAUGACAUUGUUAAAGACUGUAUUGUUGUACAAGCGUGAUUUCUCUAUGACACAGCAUUAUGUACGUAGAUCAGCAUGACGUUUGUAUCUCACAUAAAGAGAGACAGGCUUAUACGGUUCUGUUUUAAAUGAAAUACUGAUUCAAUACACUGAAUAAAUAGAACUCAGCUGUUGCUUUUGAAGGGAAUCAGGGAUACGCUUGAAGAAGGUUAAUAUUAAUUGUGUAAAAACAGCUUAGUGAUUAAUGAGCUUGAUUCCUAACGAAGGUUAAAAUGGAGGUUUUAAUCAGCAGCGUAAAGGAAGCUAAAUGGCUUUAUGAUAUCCUGUUUUUCAGCCUAGAAGUUAGAAAUCCUAACCCCUUUAUCCUAUGUCCCCAGAGGCCUUUCUUUUCUUGUAUAUUAAAUGAAUAUAUUUUAAAAGGCAGAUAUUUUGUCAAGGAGCUUUGCAUUCACACUGCUUUUCCAGGGCUAUCCUGAGAAGAAAGAUAAAACUAUAGUCCAAGAAACAUUAAAAACUUCUCGAAAGGGAAUUUUGUUUUUCCCCUGAGGCUUUUAUGGUUGGAGGAGGAUGCUUUUUGACAGGAAAUCAUAUAUGUAUGUGAAUCUUUUAAUACCUAUUUGAAUAUAGACUUUGGGCAUUUGUCAAUAUAAAUAACAGGAUAGGAAAAUAAUAUGCCUUGGUUUUUAGUUGCUUACCCCAAAAACAAACCAAGUUGUCCUUUGUGAACAUCUGCUCCAACAUCUGCUCCUAAGGUAUCUGUAGAUGGCCAGGUUUAAAUUGUCAUUUAAACUGUCAUUUCAAUCCCAUCAAAGAUAAAUUAUUUACUUGUUCUAUUUUUUUAUUCAGUCUUUCUGAGGUAUAGAAAUGUUCUAUCUUUGUAUUUCCCCCAAAUUGGGUCCAACUGAUAAUUCAAUUUGAAAGUUUGUAUCCAUAUUGUUCUAACUUAAAAGACUAUAUAUAUAUAUAUAUAUAUCUGCUUUGUGUCCUUUAUAUUAAUAAAUUGUACU